UUGUUCAAAAGUCUUUCCACCUGCUCUUCUUUCUCCUUCACUUCACUUUCGUUCUCCCACCACACCUUCAACGACGUUCUUUCUGUAAUUAAUUAUCUAAUAGUCACUCGCUUCUAAUUAUCUGUCCCUCUUUAUCCUCAUGCGUCUCUCAUCCACCCUCCUCGGUGUUGCCGCCGUUCUCGGCGCCGCCGAGGCCCAGCUACGCGGCUUCAACUAUGGGGCCAACUUCUUGAACAACCAGGCAAAGGUGCAAAAUGACUUCGAGUACGAGUUCAACAAGGCCAAAAGCCUUCCAGGAACUUCCGGAUGGACUAGCGCUCGGCUCUACACCACGAUCCAACAUGGCACCACCAAGGACCCCAUCUCCGCCAUCCCAGCCGCCAUCAACACCAAGACGAAGCUCCUCCUCGGUCUAUGGGCGUCAGGCACCACUGCUGCCGCUGGCCAAGCCAACAUCAACAAUGAAAUCGCUGCUCUUAAGUCAGCCAUCUCCAAAUAUGGCACCAAAUUCACCGACCUUGUUGUUGGCAUCUCAGUCGGCAGCGAAGACCUCUACCGCAUCACACCUACUGGCAUCUCAAACAAAGCCGGCGCUGGUGCUGAACCCGCCGACUUGAUCAAAUACAUCAAGCAGCUCCGCGCCGCGAUCAAGGGCACCAAGCUCGCCGGCGUCCCCGUCGGCCACGUCGACACCUGGACUGCGUACGUGAACGGCACCAAUGCUGGUGUCAUCUCGAACCUCGACUUCCUCGGUGUCGACGCAUACCCAUACUUCCAGACUUCCAUGGCCAACUCUAUCGGCCAUGCCAACGAAACAUUCUACAGUGCGUAUAACCAAGUCAAGAAUGUGAAGGCUGCGAAGGGCAAAGCUAUCUGGAUCACGGAGACUGGAUGGCCAGUUAGCGGACCGAAGGAGAACCAGGCUGUGGCUAGUGCGGCAAAUGCCCGCAUCUACUGGCAGGAUGUUGCUUGCAGCCUGCUAGCUGGGAAGGUCAACCUGUUCUGGUAUGACCUCCAGGAAGCCCAGUACGGAACCCCGAGCCCGGACUUUGGUAUCUUUGGUGCGGGUGAUUUGGGCACGUUGAAGCCACGGUACAGCCUCUCUUGUUAAAUCGUCUGAUCUCGAUCUGGACAUGAAGAUCAAAAACUGUGGUUUCGUCUAUGCAUAGCGAAGGGUAGCAGGCAACACACGGGCCAAAGGGCCUGUCACAUUCCUUUAUUUUAAUUGACCCUUUGGGUACAAAAG